AUGGCGAAUCUAUACCGAGUCCUAUUCGUGACUACUUCGUGUUUGCUGACUAUCGGGACAUUACUAUGUCUUGUCGUGAUCGGUCUGGCAUGUACAAAGAUGGGAAGUCAUGAACUUGAAAGACUCAACUUUUUCAAAAUCGAUAUCCAAGGUAGCCCAAAUCUUUCCACGUCGAAUGCAUUGGGUACAACACGGGAUGGGAGCCAGUUGAUUCAAACUUACCUGGUCGGCAUAAUGGGUUACUGUGGAAGUAAUAACAGCAACACGACAAUGAAUUGCAUGACCCCGAGAGCUGGCUCGUACUUCAAUGUGCUGAAAGCUAUGGGCAAGGAGGGAAAGGAGACCAAUCUUUCGUCAGCUUUUCGACACUCACUGCGUGCAUAUAAAACAACCUCAACCUGGAUGCAAAUUACAUACAUCCUGGCCAUUCUUCUUACAGCUGUCCAACUGCUCGCCGCACUUAUCGUUAUAAACAAGACAUUCAACUGUUUCGUCAUCAGCCUUGUCUCCGGUGCCGCAUUUAUUUUCCUGUUGGCAGCUGCUGCACUCACGACAUUCAAUUUCCUGGAAUCACGAAACAUAUCCGGCACGUGGGGCACUCGUGCAUUUACCGUUAUAUGGUUCAGUGUGGCUUUGUCUUUGUGUUCUUUGGUGUCCUGGACCAUUACCACUUGGUGCUGCUCUCAAGCAAGACGGAAGCCUCAGGUCCAGACUUAUCCUGCAAUGGGUACGGCGCCAGUCUACCAUUCGCUUCCACCAUCUGCACCCAACUAUGGGGAUGAUCAUCGUUAUCCCAUGUACCAGAUGACAUAA